AUGGAACAGCAAGCAAAUCCAGAAGGACCAAUAACUGCUGCGGAGAGGAGUCGAAUCUGGUCGAAACUGCAUAGUGGGCAUGAUACUUUUAUUGAGAAGCAGGCUACAGAGAAAGUGGAGAGGAAUUUCAGCCUGGAGAUCCGUAAGGCAACUUCAAAGAAUCGAACUAGCAAAGGAGCAACUAGUGCUAGUGUUGAUCGUAAUGAGGAGGCUAUGAUAAUGCUGAAUGGCUUGGUCGCUGAAUAUAUAAAGAAAUUAGGGCUCGUGGAGGCCACUGAAGAAUUUUUAAAGAGAGCUCUGAAGCUUACCAAUCAAAUCGGACCGAUUCCUGAUGAUGCAGCCCAUUCACCUGCUCUAGAGGUCGAGCAGAUAAUUUCUUCACGUGAUGCCCCUAAACCCAUUGAGGCUCAAGUCAUUCACAAGGGUUCAGUUCUUCAGUUUGUUCCUAUUCCCGAGGUGACUCCCAUUGAUCUUACUAUUACUUCUUUGCCAGCAUGA